AUGUCGAAGGAAAACAUGAAUUUACCAAAAGCCCCGAAAGAUCUGUGUUUCUCUGAAGUUGAUUUUAUUCAAGUAAGUGCAUUAAUUCUAUGCUGCAAUUUGCUGUGAAAUCAUUUCAAACCAAUAACUUGCGUCUUCCAGGGAAACUUCAAUGUUGACACGUUUCUUCAAGAACACAGAAAGAGCACGAAAUUGGAGACAAUGCGAGAUGAUCUUGGAAUAUACUUGAAACUGUUAAGAUCUGCCAUGAUCGACUUAAUUAACAGAGAUUAUACAGACUUUGUAAACCUGUCAAGCAACAUGAUCGGUUUGGACAAAGCUAUAAAUGAUCUACAAACACCUUUAGGACAGUUGAGAGAAGAAGUAAUGCAAGUACAACAGACUCUGGAUGAUGAAGUCACGACGAUUACCCACAACAUGAAUGAAAAUAAGAAAGUGCGAGAAUACAAGCAAAGUAUAUUUAGUUUACAGCAUAUUUAUAGAUCCUUGGCUAAGCUUUCGUCUAUACUGUCCUUAAAUACAUUUCUUGAAAGUCCUGUUAAGAUAAAUAUCUUGGAACAAGCAGCUGCGGAAUUUAAUCAGUUACAGUUUCACAUGUCCAGGUGCAAACUGAACAUUAUCAAUGAAAAGCGAGAAGAAGAAAAAAAACUUGAACAGUCUUACAUGACGCAUCUCAACGAGUUUUUCUUGGCGUGUUUACACGAGAAAAAUUCUGCUUUGUUAAUCCGUUGUCUGGGAAUUUAUGUCGCACUUGAUAAAAUAUCCGACGCAGAAGACCUAGUGAGAAAAGAGAUUGUCAGUCCAUUGGUUCACAGCGUAAUCAAUAUAGAAAACUUGAAAACUGAUUUACUAGGUCUACAAAAUAUAUACAACAGAUUGUUGAACAUUUUAGAUGUAGAACUUAAACAAUUGUUGGAUAUUACAUUACACCCAAAUAGACUUUCGGUGAAGGGUUUUAAUUUCUUGGUAAACAGUUUUUGGAUCGACGUGCAAGAAAAAAUUGAGCAAUAUAUCAAAUGCAUCUUCGCUCCUGGAGAUCCAGUAUUAUUCCAUUCGAGAUAUGUCGCAACCUUGGAGUUCUUGCAAAAGUUAGAAGCUGAGUGUGUUACAGCUGAAUCUUUAAUUACAUUACAAAAGAAUUCGCAGUACAAAAACUUUUCGAAAAAGUGGAAUUUGCCGGUAUAUUUCCAAAUUAGAUUUCAAGAAAUAGCUAGUGGAAUUGAGACGGUUUUAAUUGAACCAAUAUCACCAGCAUCUGUAAAAGGAACGUUGGAAUCCCCGACGCAAAGCGAGUUCUUCCUUCAUGCAACUUGUAUUAUAUGGGAAAAUGUACAAAGAAUUUGGGAUGAUAAUGUAUAUCUGUAUCAGCUUUUUCACAGAUUUUGGAAAUUGAGUCUUCAGAUAUGCGCCAGAUAUCGAAUAUGGAUUCAAUCAGUGCUCAAAGAAGUAUGGCCAAUAGAAAAUGAAACAAGCAAUUUAAACAAAGUAGAUAAUUCCGAGAAGCUUAACUUUCUAAUUUAUUUGUACAAAGAUGCGGAAAAAUUUGCAAACGUACUUCCGUCUCUUUUGGAGAUAGUUGGAUCGAAACUUAAACAAGAACAAAAAACACCAAGGGUAUUGACACUGUUAAAAGAUUCCCUCGAUGAAACGGUAAAGAAUUUAAAAACAAUUUCGCCGCAAAUUACGAACGAGAUAGUUGACGAAUUACUGAAACAAUGCGUAACACACUUGAAACAAGUCAGUGAUAUACCCAGAUUAUUUAGACGAACAAAAAGAGAAGUACCGACAAAACCAUGCGCUUACGUGAAAAAUUCUCUUGCAUUCCUUGUCAGUUUUCACACAGAAUACAAAAUAAUAAUACCAGAUAAUGUAAAUUAUUGGCUAGAAUUGACUCUUUCCAUGUUAACUGAACAUUAUCUAGCCUCCGUAACAGAUGUAUUAACUUCAGUGCAAAAAACUGAGGAGAGUUUAAGAAGAUUGAAAAAGAUACGCGAUAAAUCUACAGGAUCUCUUGCUUCCGAAAUUCAAGGAAUCAGCGACGAUGAAAAAAUACGAAUUCAGUUACAAGUUGAUGUACAAAGCUACGCUAAUAUGGUAAAAUCUAUUAUUAAAUAAUUCACGCCAUGAAUAUCGUUACAUUGCACAUGUAAACUGUAUUUCAGAUUACAGAGAUGCAGAUUUCGACUUCAAACGUGCUCCACAUGAAAGAGUUAUUGCACGCUGUUGAAACAGCAGUCAAAAGAUAA